AACUGAUCGAUGAACUGUUGGAAGAUGCGACAUCACCGUCCAUCGAUACAGCUAAAUCACCGGUGGUCACAAACAUACCUCAUAUCCAAAUCUAUGAAAGCGAUACGUGUUCCGAUGACUUGCAAAAAGAAAAGAAAAACUAUCCAUCUGAGAAAACAACUCGCCCAUCACUGACUCAAAAAUUGGUUAGAAAAGGUCAACAUAUAACUGGAACUGAUAUUGUGAAUGAAAAUUGCAUUUUUCAACCAGAGGGCAUAGAUGUAACGGAUAUUUUUAUUGGAAAUGAAUAUUGUCAUGAAACCGGCAAUGAAUCCGUCGAAAGAGAAGAUCCGUCAAAAUUAAAGAAAAAUGAUCCAUUCGAAGAAAAAUCGUCUAUUCUAUCCCCUACUUCACAUUCGGAACAACGAUUGAGCUAUGUUGCAAAACGCACAAAAUCGGUAGUGGCAAACGAUGAAAUCUACCUCAGUUCUCCUCAAUAUUCCGCGUCCAAUGAAAAUGUCGAGCAUUCCAAAACUCAAAGGCGCAGGACUAGAUCAGUUGUUUCGCCCAAGGUCAAACUCGCCGACUCCGAAAUGAGUAUGGUAAGAAUGCUCGAGCAUCACGAUGCUUCGACACCGGUGAAAACUCCAAAACCUAAGAAACAGCAAACAGCACGAAAGACAGUUGCAGAGGAAAAUGCAAUGCAAUUGGAAAUCUCAGUUUCUACUGCAGAAGAUGUACCUUUGUCGCGUUCUGGAAGGAAACUGAAGCCCAAAAAAAUGUUUGGAGAAGAUGUUGGAAAAACACCCACCAAGCAGAUUACCAAAAUUCACGACUCGGAACAUGGAACACAACCAGCAUCAAAGAUUUCUUCAAAAACACCUACAAUGCAAGCAAAGAAGGGCGAAUUGCCUAACAUUAAAGAUGAAACAUCGGCAGCCGAAACACAGAAAAUGCAUAGUGCAAAUUAUUUGACCGACAAAACCGGGAAGCCUAAAAAGACAGCACUCGAAAUACAAAAAGACAAUGCCACUGUUGAAAAGAGUCACGAGCAGCACAGCAGUCAGCAAGACGAAUUAUCAAUAGAAAAUUGUGAGUUGGUAGAACAAGCAGCAAAUGCCACUGUUAAACAUUUUUCUCAGACUGAGAAGGAAACUUUCACUAGACAUAGCCGAGAAAUGAAUCCCGAGAAAAAGUUUGGCUUUAAAGAUACAAGUACUGCAACAGAUUCCGUUACAGUUGCGCAGUUUGAUUCUCCACGAACUGGGUUUAUUACACAUCAAAAUUUGGAUGAUCAUCACCACCCUAAACAAACUAAACUGAUCGAUGAACUGUUGGAAGAUGCGACAUCACCGUCCAUCGAUACAGCUAAAUCACCGGUGGUUACAAACAUACCUCAUAUCCAAAUCCAUAAAAGCGAUACGUGUUCCGAUGACUCGCAAAAAGAAAAGAAAAACUAUCCAUCUGAGAAAACAACUCGCCCAUCACUGACUCAAAAAUUGGUUAGAAAAGGUCAACAUAUAACUGAAACUGAUAUUGUGAAUGAAAAUUGCAUUUUGCAACCGGAGACAAUAACUGAUUGUGAAAGAAGUAUUUCGAUCCAGGAGACAUCUAGAAAAUUUUCGAAUGACAUCACAACUGAGCUAAGAUAUGAAGACCCAAGGAUUAGCUCGGUUUUUCCAACUUUGAUCACGCAAGAUAUCAAGCAACAUGAACCUAUUGUAGAUGAAAGCAACAAGUUGGGACAGAGUAACAUCGAUGAUAUUGAGUAUCUGGAACAGGAAAUAGAAAACAUCAAGGAGCACGUUCAGACCGUUCCACCUUCUAACACAACCUAUGAAACCACGGAUGAUGUCCAUCGUAUCGAAGAAAAAAAAAAUGAAAUACCCAAAAUCGUAAUUUCAGAAACGCCAGCAUCGCCAGUUCAUAGCGUAAAUCUACAAUUAAACGAAACGUUUUCACCCAUCAAAACAUCCUUACCAUGCGAUCUGGUCGCAGGUAUACCACAGAUUCCGGUUAUAUAUCAAGCAGCUACCCAAGAUGUAGCUGGACGAUCCCUAGCAACCAUGCAAUCACUACAGAGUGUAAAAAAUUUGGACCCGAAGUCACGCGAAUUCUCCCUGGAUAAAACACCAGAGAUAAUCGAAAUCAUGGACAGUCCCGCUAGCAUUGCGUUUAGUAAACACAUGCAAGCCACUGGUAGCGCUUCCAGCACUCCUGUGGUACUUAACACGAUGCUGCAUCGCACCCAAAUAACGAAUUGUGAUCAACGGAAGCGUUCGCUCUCGACUAGUGCAGCAGACGCUAAAAAGCGUAAUGUUACGUUCCACAGCCCAGCCAAUAGUACAGCCAUGCUAGAUGAUAUCGAUAAACGUUUGAAACAGAAAGGCAUGCAAACGGUCGGUAAGACAGGUACUAUCGAAGCUAUGAUCGCAAAGCCUAUACCUAGGAAGCGUUCAUUGUCCGAACAUAAGGGUACGAAAUACGAAGAAGGCGCCAAACCAAGCAAAAUAAGCAAGCUUCCGAAUUUUAAGAACAUUCACGCAAAUUAUUUCAAUCGCAUGGAAUCCAUAGCUGAUUUCAUGAAGCGCAAAGAAAAGCGUGCACAGGUCAUCAUGACAGCAGCAAGCCCCGGUUCAAAGUUAUUAUCCCAAGACUGCGCUCCAUCAUCCACACUGAUGAAAGCUCAUCAUUCUAAGGAAACUAAACAAUCGACACAGCAAAAAGUAUACGUCUUCAAGUCUGGGAGUCGCGGAAAGGAUAAAAUAGGUGAAGCAUCAUCGUUAGAACCGGCUGCCAACUUUUCAUCGGCCGAGAGACUAUUCAACCGAAACAAAGUAACGAAGAACAUGAUCAACAGGGAUCAAAAACAAACGAACAACCGGCAGAUGCACUACAAGUCCGUUAAAAUACCGAGCAAGCAGAACACGAAAACAGCUAAUACGAACUCAGACGGGGUCACGUCAUCUGUACCAACUUCGACAGUAACUACCGUACGCCCAGUGGAUCGUCUUCGUGAAAAACAAUCACAAAUGUUGAAAGGGGUGCGCUUUAACCGUCGAUUCGAGCUGCAAAUGAAGCAUAGAGACAAUCUGCAACAGCAUUAA